GCCGACGCUCCUCCUCCUCGUUGUGCCGGCGGCGCGGUUGGGACGCCACCGUGCAGCGCUCCGGCACCAGGCACCGGCGACGAAGACGACGCUGACGGAUGGGUCACAACCCAGAGGUGGUGGCCAUUCAAAUGGGGCGCCGGGUUGCGGGCGCCCACGAAGGCCGGCACGGCGCAGCACGACGUGCCGCGCCGCGCGGUGCCACGCGGUGGUCGAGUUGUGGAGCUUCGGUACCCUGCACCACGAUGGGGUGGCCGGCGUCCCUCACGCUGCUGCUGCUGCAGAUUCCCUCGCAGGCCUCUUGCGUGCACACCCGGGGCCCCGUGGCCGCCUACGCUGAGCUGGUGGAGCGCGGGGAGCUGAGGGCCGACGAGCAGCAGCGGGCGGUGGUGGGCCGGCUACAGGGCCUGCACGACGCACUGAGGGGGUACAGUCCCCCACAGCCGGGGAUGUUGGCACAGCUGAUGUCGGCUCCAACUCCGCCCGUGAAAGGGAUUUACAUUCACGGUGACGUCGGCACGGGCAAGACGAUGCUCAUGGACCUCUUCUUCUCACACGUAGAGGUGGAGAGGAAGUGCCGCGUCCACUUCCACUCGUUCAUGCUCGACAUCCACAGCCGGAUUCACCGGCUGAAGCGGACUCUGCCAGCGCGGCGCGUGGGCCGCAUGGCGACUGCGUACGACCCCAUUGCGCCCGUGGCGGCGCUCAUCAGCCAAGACACCCACCUGCUGUGCUUCGACGAGUUUCAGGUGACCGACAUUGCGGAUGCCAUGAUCCUGAAGCAGCUGUUUGAGAACCUGUUCCGCCUCGGCGUGGUGAUGGUGGCCACCUCCAACCGCCCGCCCGACGAUCUGUACAAGCACGGCCUGCAGAGGGUCAACUUCCUCCCCUUCAUCGGCGUCCUCAAGGCUCGCUGCGAGUGCAUACGGCUGGACUCGGGCAUCGACUACCGCCAGCACGGGCAGCCUGCCACCGGGAAGCUCUACUUCCUGACGGGCGACGCGGACACGGACGAGCGGCUGGACUCGCUGUUCGACGAGCUCACCUACUCGCAGAACGACAUCGCGCGUCCGCGUCUCCUCCGCGUGGGCGGCAGGGAGCUGCGCUUGAGACGCGCUUGUGGUGACGUUGCCGACUGCACCUUCUCCGAGCUGUGCGACCGGCCCCUGGGAGCGAGCGAUUACCUGGAGCUGUGUCGCCACUUCCGCACGGUGUUCGUGCGGCGCGUCCCGCGACUCGCGCUGGCGCAGCGCACGCAGGCGCGUCGCUUCAUCACCUUCGUGGACACGCUGUACGACGCCAAGGUGCGCGUGGUGAUCUCGGCCGAGGUGCCGCUGUCGCUGCUAUUUGCGAGUGAGCCGGACGGAUCGAUGGAUCGUGAGCUCAUGGAUGACCUGGGCAUCGCUGAGGCCUCUGCGGCGUCUCUCUCCGUGUUUGGGGGGCAAGAGGAGACAUUUGCAUUUGCACGAACCACCUCGCGUCUCACGGAGAUGCACACCCACGCCUACUGGAGUGGAGCCGCCAACACCACCACCACCACCAGUGCCAACACCACCACCAGUGCCAACACCACUACCCCCACCGCCACCACCAAUACAGACAACGCCACCACCACCACCGGUGCCAAAACCACCACCAGUGCCAAAACCACUACCACCACCAUUACAGACACCACCACCGCCACUACCAAUACAGACACCACCACCACCGCCACCACCAAUACAGACACCACCACCGCCACUACCGGUAUGGGGCACAGCUGAGACCGGCUCCCAGCUCCCUCUAUGUGGGGGGCCAUCUCAGCGAAGCCCCCUUUACGGAACCCCUUGGCCAAGCCCCUAGGAGAGCGUCUCAGCAUGGAGGGGAAGGUGGAGUGUGGGCGGAGGGCUGGGUGGUGAAGGGCCAUGGCGUUGGGGGGGGGGGGGGUUUGUGGAACAAGUUUAGAUUUGAACCACCGUCCCCUUUGUGGGACCCGCACACGAUUCCAAUCUUAAUGUUUGUGACUUCAGAUCUUCUCGAGACGACGGGUUCUUACUUGCCAGAGAGCCGGCCCGCGGAAGGGAUCAUUGCAUAACUACAUCCGAGAUCCUGUCAAGCGGGGACCUCUGGUCCGUACCGAGGGGGCGGCCAGCGGUCUCCCCCGCCCUGCAGCGCGACGUUCAUGCGUGCUGCAGUCAGGCCGCGUUUUUAACUCGGGAGAGUGUAGCCCGUUUUAAGUGAUCGAACCGAUGUUUUAGUUGUGAUUUUCAGAUCUGGAAUUUCACCAACUUGAGUGAAAAAUCUAACUGAAUACAAUUAUCAUUGUUAUUGUUUCCAGCCAACGGUGAGCGGGCCAAGACCAUCAACUCACUACGCUUGAGCAGCCUUUUUAAUGACAACUCGGUCUAUGUGUGAGUCCACGGGUCUCGAUGCAAGUCGAUGGAUCCCCAUGUGAAUCUAUGUAAGUCAUUGCUGACCAGGCUGAGCCCAUCAACACACUAUGUAUCCGCUGUGGCUGUGCGAACUGAAACCCGGACCGGAUCCCAGCAUCUCAGCGGUGCCGGCUCUGAGUAUAUCUGAAUAUUUAAAGAUCCCCUACAUUUCCAUAUUCAUAAGCUAGCUUCGCUGGAAUUGGUAAGGAGGUGAGGCGAGACGAUUCCUCA